AUGAUGUCCUUCCUUUCGAAGGACACUCAUGCACAAACAAUACUUAACUGGCCAUGGAGAAUCCAAUCGCCAUUAUCAGCGCAGCUGCUUGUUGAUAUCCCACCUGAAAUAGAGUUGUCCGACUACCGGAGGUUGCCAAGUUCUGGAAGUGAGAGCCCAUCUGGACUUCUCCAUGGCGAAGGUGUCAAGGAAGAACAUAUCCCUGAUUUGGACAUUUUCUUUGAAAGGCUUUACGAAUAUUUCUGUGCAAAAGGGCUCAGGUGUAUCAUUACCAAAUGGAUAAUAGAGGUCCUUAAUGUACUUUUUAUGGUAUGCUGUAUCGGGUUCUUUUUCUUAUUUGUUGAUUGGGAUAAUCUUAUUCAUUUGAAAUGCGGAGUGGAGGCACUUGAAUCUGGGGAGAAACCAUGUGAUCUGAUGAAGGUCAUUAAGCAUGACCCAUUAGUUCCCUUCACGUUGCCCAAAAUGAUAAUUGUUGGAUCAAUGGUCAUAAUGACAGCUUAUGGACUUACCAACUUCCUCAAGUUCUUUGUACAGUUAAGAAGUACACUCAAUGUUCGUCAGUUCUACUAUGACAGACUUAAGGUGAAUGAUCUUGAGAUUCAGACUAUAUCAUGGCCCAAAAUAAUUGAGAAGGUUGUCCUGCUCCAGAAAUCUCAAAAACUUUGUGUUGUUAGGGAUCUCUCAGAGCAUGAUAUUAUCAUGAGAAUCAUGAGGAAAGAAAAUUAUUUGAUAGGGAUGGUCAAUAAAGGCAUUCUUUCAUUUCCAAUUCAUUCUUGUGUGCCUGGGGCUGGCCCGACUGUUGGAUCACAUGAGCAUGGAAGGAGAAACUAUCUGAUACUUCCAAAGGCCCUCGAAUGGACCUUAAAUUGGUGCAUCUUUCAAAGUAUGUUUGAUAGUAAAUUUUGUGUAAGGAAAGAGUUUUUGACAAGCCCAGAUGUGUUGAAAAAGCGACUUAUAUUUGUUGGCAUUGCAAUGCUUAUCCUAUCACCCUGCCUUGUGAUAUUUCCAUUGGUUUACGUCAUUCUAAGGCAUGCUGAAGAAAUUUAUAAUCACCCCAGUACAGCAUCAUCUAGACGAUGGUCAAACUUAUCGAGGUGGAUCUUUAGGGAGUAUAAUGAGGUUGAUCACUUCUUCAGACACAGAAUGAACAACGGUGUUGUUCAUUCUUUAAAUUACUUGAAGCAAUUUCCAACCCCACUGGUUUCCAUCAUAGCUAAAUUUGUAUCUUUUGUUUCUGGUGGCUUGGCUGGUGCUCUAAUAAUCAUUGGAUUUGUGGGUGAAUCUAUUCUUGAAGGACAUAUUUUUGGAAGAAAUCUUCUCUGGUAUACUAUUGUUUUUGGAACAAUAGCAGCUAUAAGUCGAAAAGUAGUGGCCGAUGAGCUUCAAGUUAUUGACCCAGAAGGGGCCAUGUGCCUCACUGUUCACCAAACACAUUACAUGCCAAAGCGGUGGCGUGGUAAAGAGAACAGCGAACUUGUCCGGAGAGAAUUUGAGACAUUAUUUCAGUAUACUAUAAUUAUGCUACUUGAAGAGAUGGCCUCCAUUUUCAUCACUCCUUACUUGCUUAUUUUUGAGCUACCAAAGCGAGUUGAUGACAUUCUGCGCUUCAUCUCAGACUUCACAAUUUAUGUAGACGGAGUGGGAGAUGUAUGCAGUCUGAGCUUGUUUGACUUCAAAAGACAUGGAAAUAGUAACUAUGGGUCACCGUUCAAUGCUCUUAAAGGUCUCAGGAGCUCCCAAGGGAAGAUGGAGAAAUCAUUCUUAAGUUUUCAGAGUGUCUAUCCAUCAUGGGAGCCAAAUGCUGAUGGCAAACAAUUCUUAUCUAACCUCCAAAAGUUCAAAGAAAAGCAAAUACGUCAACAAGCUCUUGCACAAUAUCAAGCAAUGGAAGCUUCAGGCUUUGUGGCAGGCACUAGAGGUCAAAGGGAUGAUACCUUCCAACAACUCAAUAGUGAUAUUCAUGGCCAUGCUGAGGCCACUUUGCCUCCUGUUUAUAACUUGAACCCCUUGGGAUUGCUGGACACAGACCAAAGAACUCAUCCAUAUAUCCUGGACUGGUAUUACAUGUGUCAUCCACCACACUCGGAUAGAGCUGAGGCCCCCCAAUUUGAGCAAGCAUUCCCUGAGACUGGUGUGAGCACAAGUCCACCAGCAAGGGAAACAUCUGAAAUUGAAGAAGUCGGAGAGUGGGAUUACGAGUUGUACGAAAGGGUUCAAAGUCAUCUGGGGGCAUCCACAUCAAGUGCUUUGUUCCGGAACACUCCAGUGAAGCACCAUGGUACAGAAGAUAACACUAACAGCAAUUGGUGGGCACAUGCCCCUGCAUAUCCUUCUGGUCCCGAGGGCAGCUUCAUUGAGCCUCCAGAAUUUGGAAAUCGAUACAUGACACAUCCUCAUUCCAGUAAUCACAGUGGCGAUACAUCAGAGGGAAGCACGGAGGAUCUAGAGCAGAGCAAUGGUAGAAGCAGCAGCGUGUGGAGGAGCCCUCAAGCUUUGUCCAAGACAAGAUAUAUGGUCGACUCUGACAUUGAGGAAGGGCUGAGCCUGCACUUUGCUGAUGUCCAUCAGAAGGAUGAAGAUGAUAGACACCUGGUCAUGGAUCAUCAAGAUCCCACGCCAGCUGGUCUUCCAGUAAGAAUAAUACCUAGAAGCAGUGACCCUGUGUAA